GUAUUUUGAGAAGUUGCCAAGACAGGAACAACUUGCUUCCACACGAAUUUGGCGAUCAGGUCUACUUCUUAAUGCUGUGCCAAAACCGCACUUCAGCUAGUUAAACAGGAUCCCCUGCCCCUCGCUGUUGCUGAACAUAGUAGUCGGGAGACCAGUGGCCGAUUGUAUCAGAAUACCUGUCACAAGCGAAGUUUUCAUCUUCCGAAUUGGGCGUGAUAUCAGGUGGAAGUCGACAUGAAUCUCCCUCUCGUCCGCUGCGCGUAUCUCCUGCUACUUAUCAACUUCGCCCAAUCAGGGCGAGUUAUGAGAAAGAUGAAGGAGUACGUGCAUCGCGCCCAGUACCAGAGGGCACACGAACAUCUGCUGAUGCGCGCCAUGUCGGGAAAAGCGCACGCGAACGACGUCCAGCAGGGCGUCAUCAUACAACCACUGGACCCUUUUAUCGAAACCUCGGACACGUUUCCACAAAGGUAUUUUAUCAAUGAGGCAUACUGGAAGGAUCCUCAUGGUCCAGUGUUCCUGUACAUUGGAGGAGAAGCGGCUCUCUCCAUGUACAGUGUUCUCACAGGUCACCAUGUGGAGAUGGCAGAGGAGCACGGCGCCCUGCUUGUGGCUCUGGAGCACCGCUUCUACGGGGAGAGCAUCAAUCCAGAUGGCCUGGAGAUCGACAAUCUGCGCUACCUGCGCAGCCAACAUAAUCUGGUGGACCUGGUAUCCUUCCACAAGUUCAUCAGCCAGAAGUACAAGCUGACCCACAGGAACACCUGGAUCAGCUUCGGAGGCUCCUACCCCGGCUCCCUGUCCGCCUGGUUCCGCGGGAAGUUUCCUCACCUGGUCUACGGGGCUGUGGCUUCUUCUGCCCCCAUUAAAGCCAAGCUGGACUUCUCCACCUACAACAAGGUGGUCGGGGAAAGUCUGAUGAAUCCCAAUGUCGGGGGCUCAAUGAAGUGUGUGAGUGACGUUUGGGAGGCCUUCGCUGCCGUGGAGGCCAAGCUCCUGGGGGGCAAUGAGACGCAGGCGGGGAAGGACUUCAGCAGCUGUGAGCCUCUGGAGGGGCCAGAGGACCAGACGGAGCUGAUCCAGAGCCUGGCCGACAUCGUCAUGGGCACCGUCCAGUAUGACGGAGAGGGGGCGCCAAUGACCAUCGAGAAGCUCUGCACCCUCAUAACCAAUAAGAGCGAGGAGUUCGAGCAGGAGGAAGAGGCUUACGAUAGGCUGAUGAAACUAGUCAAGGUCUACCUGGACGUGACAAAGGAGCCCUGCCUGCAGGCCUCUCACGCGAAGAACAUUAUGGAGCUCAAUAACACCAGCCCCUUAACAGGCAAAGGCGUCGGCGAACGCCAGUGGUUUUAUCAGACCUGCACCGAGUUUGGCUUCUACCAGACCUGUGAGGACGCCAGCUGCCCCUUCUCCCGCAUGAUGACCCUGAAUUCUCAGGCGGAACUGUGCCCCCUGCUAUUCGGUGUGCCCCUGAGCAAACUGCCCUCCAUCGUUGCGUUCACCAACCAUUUCUACGGAGGCGAUCACCCCCAAACGCACAGGGUGCUGUACGUCAAUGGCAACAUCGACCCCUGGCACGAACUGAGCAUGCUCAGUAACGGCACAGCGAGGGCAGACAGGGACAGAGCCAUCCUCAUCAACGGCACCGCCCACUGCGCCGACAUGAGGUCCGCCCACACCGAGGACCCGCCCUCUCUCAUAGAGGCGCACCGGGAGAUUGAGAUGCACGUCACCAAGUGGCUGAAGUUUGCGGCCUGGGAGAACCAAUCAGCCAAUCAGCCAGAUCAUCUGACUGACUACUGAUCUGAGUGACCAAUCAUCUGACUGACUACUGAUCUGAGUGACCAAUCAACUGACUGACUACUGAUCUGAGUGACCAAUCAACUGACUGACUACUGAUCUGAGUGACCAAUCAACUGACUGACUACUGAUCUGAGUGACCAAUCAUCUGACUGAUUACUGAUCUGAGUGACCAAUCAUCUGACUGAUGACUGAUCUGAGUGACCAAUCAACUGAGAGACCGCAAGGCUUGAACCGCUGCAACUAGUCCCCUAAAAACACGCCAUCCCACAAACUUACCAUAACCAUAUUUAACCACAUUUUUCCAUAUUUCAGCAUUUCAGAGAGUGCUUAGUGAUAUUUCUAAAAAAACAUGUAGUAAGAUGUAAUUUGGAUGUUGUCAUCCUUUAUAGCUAAAAAUAAAUUUGGGAAAGCUGGGAUCAACAUGACAUGAACAUGGGGAACGGCAAUCCUAAAGAAAUAGCAACCCUAAAUCAACAUAUAAUAAUAAUUCUUGUCAAACCAGUAGUCAGCCUGCAAGAACAAAAUUACUGCACCGUGAGCCUCGUAAUUGAAGCCUUGUAGUUGCAGCUGAACUCAGAGAGAUCUGGUUGAAUUUGAUGGUAAGACUACAGGAGUCUGUUGUAGGAGCUUUGUUGUGCCAUUUAAAAAAACAGAGAACUAGUGAAGUUUACAUACAUAGAGGAUUAACAUGUGUUCACCCCCACUCUCUCCCAACACACAUGCACGCACGUGCAUGCAAACUGCCUCUCUCACACAGACAAGACACAGACACAGACACAGACACAGACACACACACACACACACACACACACACAUUUCAAGUAGGUGCUAAACAUUUUAUUUUAAAAAUUUGUUAGAAAGUUUUAGUUGUAUGUGUGGCUUUUAUUGAAGAAUAGGCAUAAUGAGUGUAAUCACUUAUCUAAUUUGGAUUCUAAGCACGAUCUUUUUUUCUGAAAUACCGCUUGGCAGUAUGUGACUGUGUGUACUCAAUUUCUCCACUGGGUGGCGUGUUUCUUUUCGACGAAAUUCCUUUAUCUGAAUCAUGCUGCGCUCAUUUGCAGUUCAUCACAUUGCCAGAUGGUGGUGCUGUUGUUCUAUAUACAUAAAGGCAGUGGCCAUAUUAAAAACUGUGAUUCCCUUUG